AACUUCUCUUUUGGGGAUAUAUCUAUGUAUAACAUACAUUUAUAGAUUAGGAUGUCAUACAGGCCGCAGAUACAAGGAAGUAACAUGAGAGGGUAUUGUUAACAUUUGUCACUCAUGACACCGAUAUGACAAGUGGUUGCCGGGCUUACAUCGACCGGCGCACGUUAGGACACCGAGGCGGACGUUGUAGUAUUUUUUUUGUUCAACGGCUGUCGUCAAACAUGUCUGUGUUAGAUUCAUUGGAUUUCAUAUCAGCUUUUAUUGCUUUUAUUGUGUUGAUUUUCAGUGUUAAAUGGCUAAUGAAACGACGGAACCUUCCCCCAGGACCCUACGGUUGGCCCUUGUUCGGAAGUAUAAUGUUAAUGAAGACUGGGACACCAACAGACGUCUUCAGGAAACUUCGUCAGAAAUAUGGGGAUGUGUUCAGCAUCAAACUUGGCACUUUAACAGUAGUUGUCAUCAACGGGUACGAGAAUCUCAAAGAAGCAUUUGUUAAACGAGCAGACGACUUCUCCGAUAGGCCAGAAACCUACGUCAUCGUGGAACUCUCUAAAGAAAAGGGUUUAAUGGCAAGCUCAGGAGAACUAUGGAAACAGAACAGAACAUUCGUGCUCAAAGCAUUGCGAGAAUUUGGAUUUGGAAAGAAAUCUUUAGAAACUAAGAUUCACGAGGAGGUUGACGUUUUUAUUAAAUAUGUCAUGGAAACAGGCGGUCAACCAUUUGAUAUCAACAGGAUCAUCCAUGUGAGUGUAUCGAAUGUGAUCUGCAGCAUAGUAUUUGGUGAAAGAUUUGAUCAUAAUGAUGCGAGAUUUGUGAAAUUAGUGUCCCUGUUAGAUGAAGCCGCGACGAUAAACAAACCGACUGGAUUAAUCAGCUGUUUCCCAGCACUACGACACUUACCAGGCGACAUGUUCAAGAUAAAAAGAUUCAAAAAGGUGUUCAGCGAAUUCUUGGAACAUUUUUCAGAACAGGUACAAAUGCAUCGUGAUUCUUUCCACGAAAACGAAACGAGGGAUUUUAUAGACGCCUUCAUUCAAGAACAAAAAAGUCGGGGACGGGAUACACAAGUGUUCACAGAUGACAACUUGUUGAUAACACUGUUGCAUCUGUUUGCUGCUGGAACUGAGACCGUCGCCACUGGCGUCAGAUACAGCGUCCUUUACCUUCUCCACAACCCUGACAUACAGGAGAAAAUGUUCACGGAAAUCAACACUGUUGUUGGCCAAUCCCGACCUGUGACAGGCGCGGACCGAUCCAACAUGCCCUACUCUGAAGCGAUGCUGACCGAGGUUCUUCGCUGCGCCAAUAUAGUCCCGCUUUCCGUCCAGCACGGAGCAAAGAAAGAUAUUGCAUAUAAAGGAUUUGUCAUUCCCAAAGAUGCCAUGAUCAUCCCAAACCUGGAUUCUGUUUUGGGAGAUCCGACAGUAUUCCCAGAACCGGAAAAGUUUGACCCAUCUCGAUUUCUUGAUGCUGAAGGAGCGGUGAUAAAUGACAAGAAAAUGAUAGCGUUUUCCAUAGGUAGACGGGUGUGCCUUGGAGAAUCCCUUGCCAAGCUGGAGUUAUUCUUAUUUGUCACAUCACUUGUUCAGAAAUUUGACCUUCGGCUUGAGCACAGUGGCGUGCUCCCCUCAUUGGAGGGACGAUUUGGACUCACUCGCAGUCCAAUGCCGUAUCGAUUCCGUGCUGUACCACGCAGUUAGGCAGCACGAACCGCUAAAUAUCUACACUUCAUUUACUUACACCAAAUCUGGUGAUUAUCGCAUGGCUCAUUCUUAUAUAUUGAUUUGAUAAAACGGAUGACAUGGUCAAUCCAAUUAUUUAUAGUCGAAAGGAAAGUUUGUAAUAUUUUGUGACUUCUUCCAAUACAAGAUCGGUUAGAUGGAAGGUACGGAAUAGGUAGAGUAAUGCAGAGUAAUGUAAUGAAACGAAGGGAAGUAACUUGAUAAAUCAGAUCCUUCAACACCAGGAACAGUUGUCAUUGCUCAGUUAUCCAGGAGUAUCACAAUAUAUUAAUUAUAUACAUCACAUAAGAGAAUAUGUUCCAUUUUUAUGUUUUAUUGCACAAGUCCCUUAAUAUUCUUAAGUCAUUUAUAAAAAGAAGAAGAAAAAAAUGUAAUGUACUGUAACGCUGGCGACCCAUCAUUCCUGUAUUUAUGUUAAUACAUACACAUUUACAGUGUAAUUGGUUCUUUUUGUGGUGCAAAUGUGUAGAAUCACGUAACCUUCCUCGUGCACC